GCAUUUGAUUGUCGGGAAUUGUGUGCAUCUUCAUUAUCAGUGUCAGUCAGCUUCAAUUGUUCAUUAUGCCGCCAGUAACUAACAACAAGAAGAAUCUACAUCCUUUGGCUGUUCUCAAAUUGUGUGUCCUUUUUGGCAUGCUGCUGAAUGUGCUACAACAUCCACGAGCCGUUAAAGCCACAGAUGAUGUUGCCAAUGUAUCACCUUGUGAAUUGGAAUCCAUUAUAAAUCAAUUGGUGUAUCCAAGUCCACAAUAUCAAAUGCAUGCCGCUUCUUUACGCAAUCAAUUGCGCAACAUUUUACGCGAACGCCAGCUGGAAGAGGGCGAAGAGCAGAGUCUCAACAAUGACAUGGACUAUUUGGAGGAAGAUAAACGUUCAGUGGCCGCUCUAGCAGCUCAGGGUCUUUUACAUCACAACAAUGCGGCAGCUGCCAAACGUAGUCUAGCCACUCUGGCCAAAAACGGUCAAUUGCCCACACCCGAUCCCGAAAUCAUACCCGAUGGCGAUCAGCGCAAUGAAGACAAACGUUAUGUGGGUGCCUUGGCCAGAUCGGGUGGUUUAAUGGGUUAUGGCAAGCGUAAUAUCGGUACAUUGGCUAGAGAUUUCCAAUUGCCCCAAAAUGGCAAACGUAACUUGGCUACCAUGGCUAGAUUGGGCAUGUUGGGUAAUCGUAAUGAUCCCAAACGUAAUAUGGCUUCGGUGGCUCGUUAUAAUUCGAGAAUGUAUAAUAAUGCCGAGAAACGUAAUAUUGGAGCAUUGAAAGGUUCUCCCGUGCAUGGUGGUGUACAGCAGAAGCGUGCCGAAGAUGAUGUGUAUUUGCCAGCGGUUUAUAAUAAUUAUGUGGAUCCUUUGGCUUAUUACUGGAACUAUGGCACUUAUGCCGAUUUGGAUUGGGAUGAUUUUGGUCGUGCUCAAAAGAGAUUUUUAGAUACCUCCAAGGAUCCUGAAUUAUUUGGCAUAGAACAUGCACAUUUAUUACAAAACCUUGAAGAUGAGGAUGCUACACUAGCUGUCACCCAUCUGCCCGACGAAGAAGGCGACAGCCAUAGUGUAGCUGCAUUGAUGCAUGAUGAUGAAGAUGAUGCUGUGGAGGAGGAAGAUGAUGAGGAAGAGCAGGAACAUUAUGCGGCACCCACCAAACGUCAUAUAGGUGCUGUAUAUCGUUCGGGAUUUUUGCCCUCGUAUAGGGCGUUACGCAGUACCGCUGGUUCCGGAGUAGGUGGAGGCCGUUUUAGUCGUUCUGGACGUGCCAGGCAAUUUGUCGAGUAUUACCCCCAACCAGAGCGACUGCGUCAACCCAUCGCAGCCGUUUGUAAACGCUGUUUCCUACCCUAUCGGCCCGUGGUUAAUUGGGGUGCUACUGGUAUACGUGGACGCUGGCCGAAAUAUGUACAAACUGAAGAACACUCACGCAGCAUUAAUACCAACUAUUUGCCCUCAUAUUCGGCGGCAACACCCAAUGUCUUAAGACAUCCAGCUGCUUUGAAUGGUCCUUUGCAUACUUGGGGCACACCACCACGUAUAACAGCUAUGCAUCGCAGAAGUUUUCGGCGUAAUGAUGCUAAUUAUCGUUAUUAAAAAAAAAUAUUUCAAA